AUGGAAAACAGAGUUGAUAUUAAUGAUGAAAAAGAAGUUCUUCACAUAGUCAUGUUCCCGUGGUUAGCCAUGGGUCACCUCAUCCCAUUCCUCCACCUCUCCACCACCUUAGCCACCAAGGGCCACCGCAUCUCCUUCAUCUCCACCGACGGAAACCUCCGCCGCCUCCCCCAAAUCCCUCUCCGCCUCUCCCCUCUCAUCACCUUCAUCCCCCUCCCCUUCCCCGCCAUCCCCAACUUACCACCCAACACCGAAUCCUCCAUGGACGCACCACACCACCAAACUCAGCUCCUCAAAAUCGCCUUCGAUUUUCUUAAACAACCACUCUCGGAUUUUCUUGAGAAAAUUAGCCCGAACCCAGAUUGGAUUAUCUCUGAUUACGCCUCUCACUGGCUGUCGGGACUUGCGGCGGAGAUGGGUGUUUCGUGUGCUUUUUUCAGCCUUUUUAAUGCUGCGACAAUGGUGUUUUUUGGGCCUCCGGCGAAGGUUGCUUCUGAAAGCAUUAAAAUCUACAAUGCUAUCAGCGAUGGUGUCGUAAAUUUGGUCGACAAGUUCUUUGAAAUGCAACGACAUGAUGCUCUUAAGACUUUGGAUAUAUAUAUCAGAGGUCAAGGAAACAGAGCUAUUGUAUCUAUUGAUGGUGUUAAAUAUGAUUUUUAA